GUGACCCGGUAGGAGAUGGCGAAGGGUCGACCGGGUCACUCCAAACAUGGCGUGGAGGAUAUGUUUACGAACAUGGGCUAAUGGAGACUUAUUUACUUCCACUAUGCAUGGAAAGAGGUUUACGCUCUGCACACAACAAAGAUGUGGCUUUCGGAAGGCAUCAAGGAAACCCGAGAUUAAGAAAGGGGAAGUGGAAGAAGUGGAGUCUAAGCUACCAGACCCCAUGCACGAAGCUGUGCAAAGGAAGGGGUACUCCCCACCGCUGGAUACCCCUGUUGUCCACAUUCCACACAGAUCCUUUGGCAGGCUGCUGAAGCCUCUGGUGUUCACAGUAGGGUUUACAGGCUGCUCCUUUGGUGCGGCAGCAAUCUGGCAGUACGAGUCUCUAAAGUCACGUGUGCAGAGCUACUUUGACAACGUCCGUGCAGAUUGGCUGGAGAAACUACGGCCACAGAAACAAGGUGACAUCCGAAAACAGGUGAACCAAUGGUGGAACAGUUUGUCUGAGGGCCAACGGACAGUAUCUGGGAUCAUUGCACUGAACGCCCUUGUGUUCUGCUGUUGGAGAGUCCCCUCCCUGCAGCGGACUAUGCUAAUGUAUUUCACGGCCAAUCCUGCCUCUAAGGUGCUGUGCUCUCCCAUGAUCCUCUCCACCUUCAGCCACUACUCGCUCUUCCACAUGGCGGCCAACAUGUACGUGCUGUGGAGUUUCUCCUCCAGCAUUGUGUCUAUGCUGGGCCCAGAACAGUUUGUGGCGGUCUACCUGUCUGCAGGUGUGAUUUCUUCAUUCGUCAGCUAUGUGUCUAAGACAGCCAUGGGAAGGUUGGGCCCUUCUCUCGGAGCAUCAGGAGCCAUAAUGACAGUCCUGGCUGCAGUCUGUACAAAGAUGCCUGAGGCCAAACUGGCCAUCAUCUUCCUGCCCAUGUUCACCUUCACUGCAGGCAAUGCCUUGAAAGCCAUUAUUGCUAUGGAUACAGCUGGACUUGUUCUGGGAUGGAGAUUUUUUGAUCAUGCAGCCCAUCUAGGAGGAGCCCUAUUUGGAAUCUGGUACGUUUCAUACGGUCACGAGCUGAUCUGGAAGAACCGUGAGCCACUGGUGAAGAUUUGGCAUGACCUGCGGACCAAAGGCCCAGGAGGGGGCGGGACCGGCUCCUUCUAGGGGUAGCCAGGUUUAAGGGGGAGUUGUGAGGGGGAUGUUGAUGGGACUCCAUCGUGCAUGUGGACAUAUGAUGGGUGAGGCACCCCUGGUGUCUGGACUGAAGGAAGAGAGGAUUCUGAGUAUGGGCACCACUCUUGGACAUCUGUGUAAAAUGUUGAACUGUUCUUGUUUGUUAAAUGAUGCUGCCAUUUUUCAUUAAAAUCGUCCCUGACUCUGAGUCUGAGAGAGUUUUCAACCAGACUUUCCUCUGCUCGGGUUGAGGGGGGCAUUGUUUGAGAAGUGUCCAGUUGUGGGAUGGUCAUGAGGGAUCAUCCCUGUCCCCUUUUUUCAGAUUCAGGAUGGAGAUGUGACUGCCUGAAAGAGAGACUGGCCAGAGACUGGCCCACACGCAACAUUAAAUCCUGUCACAGGUUGAAGUGUUUGUGAUGUCAGUCCUUUAUGAAUACAGGCAGUCCCUGUUUUAAGAUACUGUUUUAUAAUAAUCCGUUAUCAUGACAUUUUUAAAAUGCCACCUUUAAUUCCU